CUCACCCUUGCUCUGCUGCCCAGUAGGAGCAGCUGUGAGUCUGUGAUCAAGGGGGUAUCUUGGAAGAGGUCCUAGGGCACGUUCACAGGCCUCCUCUUCAUCAUGGCGGGAGGGAGACCUCACCUGAAAAGGAGUUUCUCCAUCAUUCCCUGCUUCGUCUUUGUGGAGUCGGUGCUACUAGGCAUUGUGGUUCUGCUUGCUUACCGCCUCGAGUUCACAGACACCUUCCCCGUGCACACCCAGGGCUUUUUCUGCUAUGACAGUACUUACGCCAAGCCCUACCCAGGGCCUGAGGCCGCCAGCCGAGCACCUCCUGCUCUCAUCUAUGCCCUGGUCACUGCUGGGCCCACCCUCACGAUCCUUCUGGGAGAGCUGGCACGUGCCUUCUUUCCUGUGCCACCCUCAGGCAGCCCCAUCAUCGGGGAAAGCACCAUCGUGUCUGGGGCCUGCUGUCGAUUCAGCCCUCCACUGCGAAGGCUGGUCCGCUUCCUGGGGGUGUACUCCUUCGGCCUCUUCACCACCACCAUCUUCGCCAACGCGGGGCAAGUGGUGACUGGGAACCCCACACCUCACUUCCUGUCAGUGUGUCGCCCUAAUUACACAGCCUUGGGCUGCCUACCGCCCUCUCCUGACCGGCCGGGGCCUGACCGCUUUGUCACGGACCAGGGAGCCUGUGCCGGCAGCCCCAGCCUGGUGGCCGCCGCCCGCCGCGCCUUUCCCUGCAAGGAUGCGGCCCUCUGCGCCUACGCCGUCACCUACACGGCGAUGUACGUGACCCGAGUGUUCCGAGUGAAGGGCUCUCGUCUGGUUAAGCCCUCCCUCUGCCUGGCCCUGCUGUGUCCGGCCUUCCUAGUGGGCGUGGUCCGUGUGGCCGAGUACCGCAACCACUGGUCAGAUGUGCUGGCUGGUUUCCUGACUGGAGCGUCCAUCGCUACCUUUCUGGUCAUCUGUGUCGUGCACAAUUUCCAGAGCCGGCCACCCUCUGGCCGAAGGCUCUCCACCUGGGAGGACCUGAGCCAGGCCCCGACUAUGGACAGCCCCCUCGAAAAGUUAAGUGUGGCUCAGGAACCCGAGGCCUGCAGGCCGCAUUCGACACCGGCACGGCUCACCCCAUCCAAGUCGCAGAACUGCGCCCGCCGUGGCCACCUGAUCCCCAGCUGCGUGUCCUCCAGGGCCCCGGCCAUGUGUUCUUCGCCCCGUGUGCCCCGCCCUCGUCUGAGGUCUGAGCCAACGCCCCUGCCACUGCCCUUACCCCUGCCAGCGCCAACUCCCAGCCAGGGCCCCUCGCCCUCCUCCCCUGGGCCUGGGGGACCGGGUGGGGGUGGCCGUGGCCGGAAGCUGCUGCUGCCGACGCCCCUGCUGCGGGACCUAUACACCCUCAGUGGACUCUACCCCUCCCCCUUCCACCGGGACAACUUCAGCCCUUACCUUUUUGCCAGCCGCGACCACCUGCUGUGAGACCAACACCCACCCACAAGCUACCCGGUGUCCCCAUUUUCUCCCCUGUCACGCGUGUGUGUGCGUGUGCCACGUGAGUGCCAAAGGCCCCUCCUCCUCUCCCCCAAAAACCA